AUGGCCGGUGUCAAGUGUUUCGCGACCAAACCAGAAAACAUGGCAAUGGCCAUGGCCAUCGAGCUUCUACGGGGCACUGAGGAGACGACCUUUUUGCUCCUUACACCACCCAUUCCGACGCGCGCUCCUGGAAACGGGUGGAAUGGCGGCGGUGGCCCAAGGCUACGUUUCAUGGAGCUGGCUGACGAAAUCCGUCGCAUUGGGAUCAAGAAGGGUACUGACACUCUAUCGCGAGAUCAGCUCGACAACCCAGACCCUGAAGAAUCCGACGUUAUGCAGGGAAUGAAAUGGUCUGCAUACAUGAUGGAAAGAGACGACGGAGACCAGACGAAAACAAAACGCUCCGUGGAGGCAGAACGCACCUGGAAUCCGCACCCUCAUCGUUUUCUUGCCCACGAACCAUUUGACCUUGCCGGACCUAUGGCUGGUAAGCCUAUCUUGAUUUGUGUUAACACAAAAAGCCGAAGUUUUGUGCGCACCCCAAACCGCACCACGGAAGAGCUCCAGGAGCUUUCGACCCAGGGGAAUAAGUAUGAUGCAUAUGGAAAGCGUGGACAGUACCGGACUUGA